AUGUGCCACGAAACAAUAACCCACUUCACCCGCUGCUCCCACAGCACCUCCACCAUAAACACCUGCGAGCGCAGAAAUCAGUACGGGCCAACCAUCUACCACCCCUCCAUGCGCCACGUCCGGCCCUGCCAGACCAACAGCCAUGAGGGUCUGUUCGUCCAGCGCGACGCGCUGUGCGAGGGGUGCAGCAGGGUCAACUCUUGGAUUGCUGGCGGCGGCGGCGAUAAGUCCAACGGCACGCAGGGGGCUACGGCCUCGAGGAGGAAAGCAAGGCAUUCAUCAGUGCAGAUGGCGAGGAGCUCUCAGUGCUACCCUCACGUCACACAGGGCAAACCGUCACCGAAUAUAGCUGAGUCGGCGUCCCCGGUGCCCAUGACGGUACAGAGUGAGGGCCUGUGUGCGUUGCCCGAGGCGUUUGAGCGCGUCGUGAUUGGCGAUGAUGAGAGAGAAAUGACAGGGUCAGGAGGGGUUUUCUGGGCUGACGAGGGAAUUGUCAUUCAUGGGAAGGCCCAGGAACAAAAACUGAGGUACGAGCCGUCCAGGCCUUCUCGGUUCUCCUCCAACAGGGGUGAUGGAGGCGUGGAGCACCGCCUGAGUGGCUUGUUUUCUUUGUUGGGUGAUCGUGGCGGAGGUAUGAGGAAGCAUCGUGCGGCAGUGAAGAAACGUGUACGGUUUACACCGAAUAUCGAGGUUGUCUACUUCAAGAAGAACUGGCCUACCUGGAAGGUGAGCAGGGAGUACAAGGAACACCUCUAG